AUGGAAGAGUCUACUACUGAGGCCACUAUGGAAGAGUCUACUACUGAGGCCCCUGUAGACGAGUUCACUACUGAAUCACCUGUAGGUGAGGGUACCACUGAAGCCCCUGUACGCGGUACCACUACUGAAGCCCCUGUAGGUGAGGCUACUACCGAAGCCCCUGUAGAUGUGUCUACUACUGGAUUCCCUGUUGGAGAGUCUACUACUGAGGCCACUAUGGAAGAGUCUACUACUGAGGCCCCUGUAGACGAGUUCACUACUGAAUCUCCUGUAGGUGAGGGUACCACUGAAGCCCCUGUACGCGGUACCACUACUGAAGCCCCUGUAGGUGAGGCUACUACCGAAGCCCCUGUAGAUGUGUCUACUACUGGAUUCCCUGUUGGAGAGUCUACUAGUGAAGCACCUAUAGAUGAGUCCACUACUGAGGCCCCUGUAGACGGGUCUACGACUGAAUCUCCUGUAGACGAGUCUACUACUGAAGCCCCUGCAGAUGAGUUUACUACUGGAGCCCCUAUAGACGAGUCCACUAGUGAAGCCCCUGUAGAUGAGUCUACUACUGAGGCUCCUGUAGACGAGUCCACUACUGAAGCCCCUGUAGAUGCGUCUACUACUGAAGCCCCUGUAGACGAGUCCACUACUGAAGCCUCUGUUGGUGAGUCCACCACUGAGGCUCCUGUAGACGGGUCUACUACUGAGGCCCCUGUAGACGAGUCCACUACUGAGGCUCCUGUAGAUGAGUCUACUACUGAAGCCCCUGUUGGUGAGUCUACUACCGAGGCCCCUGUUGACGAGUCCACUACUGAGGCCCCUGUUGACGAGUCUACUACUGAGGCCACUACUGAAGAGUUUACUACUGAGGCCGCUGUAGAUGACUCUACUACUGAGGCCACUAUGGAAGGGUCUACUACUGAGGCUCCUGUAGCCGAGUCCACUACUGAAGCCCCUGUUGGUGAGUCUACUACCGAGGCCCCUGUAGACGGUUCUACUACUGAAGCCCCAGUGGAUGAGUCUACUACUGAAGCUCCUGUAGACGAGUCUGCUACUGAGGCCCCUGUAGAUGAGGGUACCACUAAAUCCCCUGUAGACGAGUCCACUACUGAGGCCACUAUGGGAGAGUCCACUACUGAGGCCCCUGUAGAUGCGGCUACCACUGAAACCCCUGUUGGUGAGUCCACUACUGAAGCACCUAUGGGUGAGGCUACUACUGAAGCCCCUGUGAAUGAGUUUACUACUGAAGCCCCUGUAGAUGAGUCCACUACUGAAGCCUCUGUUGGUGAGUCCACUACUGAGGCCCCUGUAGACGAGUCCACAACUGAAGCUCCUGUGGAUGAGGCUACUACUCCUACAGCCACCCUGACUGAGUCUAUGACUACUGGAGCCUCUUCAAUGGUGUCCACCACUGAAUCCUCUAUGAUGGAGGCUCCGGUAGUUACCAGUGCGCCUCCUAUUGGCGACUUCACUGAUGUUCCUCCCAUCCUCCCAUAA